GUUCCUGAACGGGCAGAGGCAAGGACACGCACCGGUGGUCUGUCAGGGCUGGAGAAUGGAUCUGAAGAUGUUCCUAGUCUUCACUGCAUUUCUGCUUCACGCUGCCCUGGGCUUCCCUAUUCAGGACAGCUAUGGAAACAGCACAACAACAACAGAACCUACUGAGGUUACUACGCAAGAGGAUAUAUUCGAAUCUCCAUUGCCUACAGAGACUGCCUCUGAGGACGAAGUUAUUUUUAACAGAAUUCUGAAAGUUAACAAAGGCAGCUCUCAGUACUUGCAAGAAGGUGACAUAGUUCCACGAAGGAGUCGCAGUGCCAUCAGCUGUCGCCAUUGCAAUUGGCCCCAGUCCAGAGAUGGGAUUGUUCGUGUUCCCUAUGUCUUGGAUCCUACUUACGAGGAGAGCCACAUAAAGGGGAUUCAUGAUGCCAUGGCAGAAUUUGAAACACUGACUUGUAUUAGUUUUGUGAAGCGCAAGACAGAACGUGACUACCUCAGCAUUAAAUCUGCGGAUGGCUGCUGGUCCAACUAUGGGAAAGUAGGAGGUGGACAGACUGUCUCUGUGAUGAAAGGAGGCUGCAUGUGGAAAGGAAUAAUUCAACAUGAACUGGACCAUGCUCUGGGCUUUUUGCAUGAACAUUCUCGAAGUGACAGGGAUAAAUAUGUAAAGAUCAUGUGGGAGUACAUCAGUCCAGCUGACAGACCAGACUUCAAGAAAUUUGAAAACUCCAAUAACCUGGGUCUUCCAUAUGACUAUUCCUCAGUAAUGCACUAUGGCCCCUACACAUUCACUAAUACCACUGGGAAAGCAACUAUUGUACCAAUUCCUGAUGGAUCAGUACCUAUUGGACAGAGGCAGGGACUGAGUAACUUGGACGUGGCCAAAAUCAACAAACUUUACAAUUGCAGUCGCUGCAGCACUAUUCUUGAUGAAGCAUCUGGGUCACUGAGCUCUGCCAACCACCCAAGAAAUUACUCAGACAAUACCAACUGUGUCUGGCUCAUCCGAACCCGAUCCAGAAAGAUUUCUCUGCACUUUCAAGCCUUUGAGCUGCAGACAACCAGAGGCUGUCAGGGUGAUUAUGUUAAAGUUUAUGAUGGAUCCAGCAAGUCUUCUGCAGUUCUAAUGGACAAGACCUGUGGAUCAAAGAUACCCAAUGAUGUAGUUGCUUCUAGUAAUCUUAUGCUUGUAGAAUUUGUCACAGAUGGUGCUGGUACAGCUUCUGGUUUCCGAGCCACCUUUACUUCUGUGAAGACCCAAAGAAAACCUAACGUCUACAACUGACUUAAUGAAGAAGAACCUAUUCUGUGAAUAUUGAAAUUACGUGUUUCCUACUUUGCUGCUGUUCUGGCUUGGAUCAGUAUGAAAUUUAAUUCUAUUAAGAAUCGAAGUUUUCAUCUUCCUGAGAAAGUUUAUUCCCCAAGCCAUGUAGAUGUAUGAAUUCUAUACAUAUGGCGUGCUUCUCCUUUUGUCUGCACAGUUAAGUUAUUACCUCUUUCUAUUUAACAAUUGAAUAAAAAGCUUCAUA